CGCGCUGCCGUACCCUUCCUACGGAUCGUAAAGCGCGGAAGGUCGCGGACUCAAGCUUCCCCGGAACUUUUUCGGCCCACCGCCCCGCCCCCUUCCCAUUCCCUGUCCCCACCCCCCUUCCGGCCCCCAGGACCCCAGCCAACUGUUGUGGUCGCUUCCCUGCUUCAGCCGGGGUGUGGCUGCUUGCGGAGCUUGUGGAGGCCGGUGAGUUUGAAUUCCUGGGAUCAGCUUCUUAGCCGAGUGAGAGGACACCUGCCAGGUGCUGCCGGACGUGAUGUUUUACCGCUUGCUGUCGGUGGUCCGAAGACGGGGCAGCAGCCGAGGAUGGCAGAAGUGGUCCUCGGCCAGGAGCAGUGCAUCAGCUGCCGAAGUACAUUCUGUGGCCCUGCCUGCCGAGGCACAGGUGGUCAUCUGCGGCGGUGGCAUCAUGGGCACAUCCGUGGCCUAUCAUCUCUCCAAGAUGGGCUGGAAGGAUGUUGUCCUUUUGGAGCAGGGCAGGCUGGCUGCUGGCUCUACGAGGUUCUGUGCCGGCAUCCUAAGCACUGCCAGGCACUUGAGUAUUGAGCAGAAGAUGGCAGACUAUUCAAACAAACUCUACCAUCAGUUAGAGCAAGAAACAGGGAUCCAAACAGGUUACAUAAGGACGGGCUCCAUCUUUCUGGCCCAAACUCAGGACCGCCUGAUCUCCCUGAAGCGCAUCAACUCAAGGCUGAAGUACGUAUGCGCUAGAAGCCUGUCCUGACUGUACUGUCAGCUGACCUCUGCCGCAGGGGCCAGCGAAUGUCCUUGUCCCCCUGUGUUCUGUGGCAGUGUUAUAGGCAUCCCUUCCGAGAUCGUCUCCCCCAAGAGAGUGGCUGAACUUCACCCUCUCCUCAACGUGCACGACCUGGUGGGGGCCAUGCAUGUUCCCGAGGACGCGGUGGUGUCCUCCGCCGACGUGGCUCUUGCCCUGGCGAGUGCCGCCUCCCAGAACGGUGUUCAGAUCUAUGACCGCACAAGCAUUCUUCACGUUAUGGUCAAAAAAGGUCAAGUCACUGGUGUGGAGACAGAUAAAGGACAGAUCCAGUGCCAGUAUUUUGUCAACUGUGCUGGUCAGUGGGCAUACGAGCUGGGUCUGUCCAACGAGGAGCCGGUUAGUAUCCCGGUCCAUGCCUGCGAACACUUCUACCUUCUGACUCGCCCCUGGGAGACCCCUCUGCAGAGCAACACACCAACUGUGGUGGAUGCUGACGGCAGAAUUUACAUCCGCAACUGGCAGGGCGGCAUCCUGUCCGGGGGCUUCGAGAAGAACCCGAAACCGAUUUUCACCGAGGGCAAGAACCAGCUGGAGAUUCAGAAUCUGCAGGAAGACUGGGAUCACUUUGGUGUGUGAACGAGCUCAUGACAGGAAUGCCUGAUACUUGUCUGCGAUGCUUUAAUUUCCUAAGCGUUAGUCACCGCUGACACUGAGGCUGGGAGGAGGCCUCUUUGGUGCAGAGAGCUGAGGACUCUGGGUCUGGUUUCGCCGUAGAGCCCCUGCUGAGCUCCCUCCUGCGCAGGAUGCCGGAGCUGGAGCGUCUGGAGAUCCUGAAGCUGGUCAACUGCCCCGAGACCUUCACCCCAGACAUGAGGUGCAUCCUGGGCGAGUCUCCUUCCGUGCGGGGCUACUUCGUCCUGGCGGGAAUGAACUCCGCCGGCCUUUCGUUUGGCGGAGGAGCGGGGAGGUACCUCGCUGAGUGGAUGGUGCAUGGCUAUCCCUCAGAAAGCGUCUGGGAACUGGACCUGAAGCGUUUUGGAGCCCUCCAGAGCAGCCGCACCUUUCUUCGACACCGGGUCAUGGAAGUCAUGCCUCUGUUGUAUGAUCUGAAGGUUCCCCGUUGGGACUUCCAGACCGGGAGGCAGUUACGGACCUCUCCUCUCUAUGACCGGCUGGAUGCGCAAGGAGCCAGGUGGAUGGAGAAACAUGGAUUUGAGAGGCCCAAGUACUUUGUGCCGCCAGACAAGGACCUCCUGGCCUUGGAGCAGAGCAAGACUUUCUACAAGCCAGACUGGUUUGAGAUUGUGGAGUCUGAAGUCAAGUGCUGUAAGGAGGCCGUGUGUGUCAUCGACAUGUCCUCCUUCACAAAGUUUGAAAUAACAUCCACUGGGGAUCAGGCGUUAGAAAUUCUCCAGUACCUGUUCUCCAACGACCUUGACGUGCCCGUGGGCCACAUCGUGCAUACCGGCAUGCUCAACGAGAGUGGAGGAUAUGAAAAUGACUGCAGCAUAGCCCGGCUGAGCAAGCGCAGUUUCUUCAUGAUUUCUCCAACUGACCAGCAGGUCCACUGUUGGGCCUGGCUGAAGAAAUACAUGCCAGAAGACAGCAACCUCAUUCUAGAGGACGUCACCUGGAAAUACACUGCCCUCAAUCUGAUUGGUCCUCGAGCUGUGGACGUCCUGUCCGAGUUGUCCUACGCCCCGAUGACUCCAGACCACUUCCCAAGUCUGUUCUGCAAGGAGAUGAGUGUGGGCUACGCCAACGGCAUCCGGGUGAUGAGCAUGACGCACACGGGCGAGCCGGGGUUCAUGCUGUACAUCCCCAUAGAGUACGCCCUGCACGUGUACAACGAGGUGAUGAGUGUCGGGCAGAAAUACGGAAUCCGGAAUGCUGGGUAUUAUGCUCUCCGUAGUCUCCGAAUUGAGAAGUUUUUUGCCUUCUGGGGUCAAGAUUUAAACACACUCACCACACCCCUGGAAUGUGGACGAGAGUCUCGGGUGAAGUUAGACAAGGGGGUGGACUUCAUUGGGCGAGCUGCCCUCCUGGAGCAGAAGCAGAAUGGGGUGUACAAACGCCUCACCAUGUUCAUCCUGGAUGACCAUGACACAGACCUGGACCUCUGGCCUUGGUGGGGGGAGCCCAUUUACCGAAACGGGCAGUACGUGGGCAAGACCACCAGCAGUGCCUACGGCUACACCCUGGAGCGCCACGUGUGCCUGGGUUUUGUGCACAAUUUUUCUGAGGACACGGGGGAAGCACAGGUGGUGACAGCGGAUUUCAUCAACCGGGGAGAAUAUGAGAUUGACAUCGCGGGACACCGGUUCCAGGCCAAGGCCAAGCUCUACCCCGUCCCCUCCCUCUUCACCCAUAAACGCCGAAAGGAUGACAUGGAGCUAAGUGACUUGCAUGGAAAGUAAUGCCAGGCCAGUCUCCCACCUCCUCACCUUCUCAUCAUCUCAGGAGCUUUUCUCCUCCUCCUGGUCCCAUCCCUCUUCUGGAUUUAACCUUGGCCUCCCACCUCUUAGCUCCUUGAUAGCAUUUUAAGCGUUUAAGCGUGUCCUUUGCACCCUCUCACUUCCCUGCUGGAGUUUGCCCAUCUCCCGAUACUCACUCUGGGCUGGUCGUGCGCUCCCUUAGUGACAGGAAGGCAGGGUGGGCGAAGCCUCCACUUGCGGACACGGGUUACGGUGGCAGCCUAACGUCAGAUGCUGUGUUCUUGAAGCGGGGGGGGGGGGGGGGCUGGUGGCCUGCAGGCCUCUGGGUAAGAGUCCAUCUCUGUGGGGCUCACUUUUCUCCGAGGAACCUGUCAGUGCUGGUGGGUCGGUGCCAGUUUGGGACAGCCCUGGGGACUAGCCCCCUUUGAGCCUGGCAGCCCCUUCUCCCACGCUGUCGUGCUGGGGGUUGGCACCCCGACACCUCUAGCAAGAGGAUGACCAUCUACCUCGGUGGUAUGGGGUGGGCGUUACCUGUGGGUUUGCAGAUAUAGUUACCUGUCCUGGGCUCCGUAACGAGCCGCUUAUCAAGAUUGUUGGGCCAGAGCCAUCUGCCUAUCACUUUCUUCAUCUCUUGUGAAUCUCUGUAAGUAGAAGGGUUUGGUGGGUCUGUUGAUCUAGGUUAACAAGGCAGCCUGAGUUUGCAAGGGAAAGACCAUGUUGCCGUCUGUGUUGCUACUGCCCGCAAACAGCGCUGAGUUUUCAGUGCAAACACGACUGCUCUUCCUCCGGCUCCCCGAGUCGAGCCCUCCGACCUUGGCGCGCCUCUUCUCUAAGUGCAUGGGACGCUCGGUUCAGCCCACUGUCUCCCCACUUUCCCUCCCUUUCGAACGAGGUUGGGGAGGCAGGACAAGCAUCCUUGGGGCCGUGCUGCGUUGAAGAGAGCUACUGGGACCCCAGGUUUUGCUUCCCUGCAGAGACCAGGCAGGUCACACAGAGAUGAUGCACGCGGGUGCACUGAGGAUUCCGAGCGUGGAGGGUGAGUGAGGUUAACCUGAACCCACGGUCUGCUCUCCAUCUUCUCAUUCCAGCCGCCUCUCCGAAUCUUCUGGAACAGCAAGGGACCUGAGGUAGCACAAGGGCCCUGCACGCUUGUAAGCACUGUCCCUGUUUUCUGAGGGUGAAACUUGGAUCCCACAGACUGUGGGAUCCAUCCCCCCACUGAACUCCCCCUGAAUGUCCACAAUGAAUUUGCUAACAAACUGCUGCUAGAGAUUUUAAUUAACCAUAGCCUUUGUUGUCUUGGGUGCAUUAGCUCUGAUCGGUCCAUAAGUAUAUUACAGAAAAUUGUUUUUGGAGUUCCCGUCAUGGCUCAGUGGUUAACGAACCCAACUGGUAACCAUGAGGUUGCGGGUUCGAUCCCUGGCCUCGCUCAGUGGGUUAAGGAUCCGGCAUUGCCAUGAGCUGUGGUGUAGGUCGCAGAUGAGGCUUGGAUCUGGUGUGGCUAUGGCUGUGGUGUAGGCUGGCAGCCGUAGCUCCGAUUAGACAUUUGUGUUAGAGGAGUUUAAAAUUCUCAGGUGUCUGCCAGCUUUGGCAUUUCUCCGGAUUUCUGUUCAGUCACUUGAUCACUGACUUAAGUGUCUGCUUUCUUACAAGGGCUUCAUUAAUUUAAUGAGGGAGUGUGUAGUUAGAAUUCUCUUGGGCGGGGACACCAGAUACUGCUUCUAGGCAAAGAAGAGCUCUGUCCAGCUAGAGAGCAGAGCAGAGCAGUGAACAGCGGCUGGGAAACGUGGGGGAGCAGCACACGGGGCCCUGGCCAGUACAGGUGUCCUGCAGCAUCUGACCCAAAAAGAUGGAAAGAGAUGUAGAACUAAAGGUAUCUGAUGCUCUCUGCCACUGCAGAGUCCUCUUUACAGAUGAAAAAUUAUUUGGGACUGAAUCCAAAAGAAAUUCCAGAUUUGUAUAUAAGUUACAUCUUGUCCAUAAAUACGGGUCACACUCCUAAGACUCUGGCAAGAUGUUAAGAUUCUGGGGGCAUCACUUGUUCACUGGAACAUAUUUAUCUUCUGCACUUUACAAUCCAUCCUCGAAGUCACCUUUGGCUCAGUCAGCUCUGGGCAGUAUCUAUCAAUCUGGUCUAUUUGGUCCGAAACUGAAGGGGUGACCCUUUCUUGCCUCAGGCAUCACUGACAAUCAGAACGUCCUCCUUCCUAGGUCACUGCCAGUCCUGAGCAGGGGGACCGCAUGGGUUUGCCUUCUGUGAUGACUCACCACACCCUAGAGACGGGAAGGAUUGUCGAAGGGGUGCCUAGAGCUUUGUUUCAGGUGGUUGGUACUUUCUUCUCUCUGAAGUGAUGUCAUCACCACAUGUGCUCUCUUGGGAGAGGGGCGCCAAAAUCUUCUUAGCAUAUUCAACUGGAGAAUCAUUUUGAACCUAGAAACACAAAGUGUGCUGGCCUCAAACAGAUGAAGAACCCAGGUGGCAUGUCUCCCACGGCCGUCUCCUGCUUUGAGGUGAGCCCCUAGGUCUUUAAGCCACGUGUAAACCCCACAGUCAUGUGACUGACAGUGACGAGUUCCUUGUGACGAAAGCUCUAAUUCAGAAAGUAGAGCGAAAAGGGACAAGACCUACUUGCUGGGACAGCCCAUUCAAUGUCCCUUAACUUGUGUUUCGGUCACGUAGCACUGCACCAGCAGGAUGUGCUCCAGGCGAGAGAACUCAGCAGUUGCCGCUACAUCUCUAGUGCUCUUCUGGGGAGUCCCUGUACCCCCAAAUGCAGAGGUGCCCUUUAGCCCGGUAAUGAACCCUAGGCUUACUUUGGCCCCACAAUUCCCAUUUCGGCAGGAGCAGAGCCUGUCGCUUCUGCGUUUGAGUCUCAGCAGGAGGUGUGCUGUCCCCAGAUCCACCUUCUUGUACAGACCAAGAGUUUCAGCUGUAUCGCUUCUUUCCUGGGCUGUUGUUUCCAAAAACGUAGCUAAACAUGAAAAAUGAGCUUUCUCCUUUACCUGCCUUUGCAUGCAUUUGAGAUGUGAAGCCCCCCCACUGCCAGCACGUGUGUGGCAGGAAUGAUAGGAGCUUCCUAAAGCGAUUUUGCUUCACUAAAAGGUGUCCUCCUUGCUGUGAUUUCCAGCUCUUUUCUCCUCUGGCCUUCGGACGCGUUUGCUGGCAUUUGAGUCGUCACCGUCCCUUGAGAACCUGGGUCAGAUAGAAGGGGAUCGUCCAUGAACUAGGUCUUGGUUCUGACCCCAGACUCUGUCCUGGGAGAAGUGUUGUGCGGACUGGCUUCUAGGCAUUAACUGUGAGGUUCCUUUUUCUAUCUCUUUGUUGUCUCUGGGCCAGUGUCAUCAGCAGGGUUCAUCUUUAGUAUCUAAGAAAAGAGAAGUCAACAGUGCUUAAUGCUGAAGCAUAUAACCUACUGUUUUCAUUCUGUCUGAACACCCUCCCACCCCAUCUCUCACAAAUUUUGAUAGAAGCAGCGUUUUAUCAAUAUGAUGUAGAGGAAAGUUUCUCAUGAGUAAGGAAUUCUCGUCUGGCACGUCCCGUGCAGGCACAUGGACGCAGUAGAAGCACAGCUGGUGGAAGAGACGGCGGCUGAUGUCGCGGGCAUUAACCAGGCCCUGCAAGAGCUGGGGGGCUGUCUGUCGGCGCCCCGCCCCGCCUCUCUGCCCUCCACUUUAAGGUGCUGAGUUGUAAGGCUCCUUCAUUGUCACUACGGGGCUGGCAUCUGCAGUCUCUGCAAAUACACUAUUUUUCAAGAGGACUGAGUAUUUUUUGUAUCUCGUUGUGUUCUCCUUGCCCAUGAAACUCCAGAGCUGUUCCUUGUAUAAUAUGAGUCUGGACUUCUCUGAGUAGAGCUCUUGGAGAAUUACACAUUUCUUCAUGGGCCAUUUUUCUCAUAUUUAGAUACACCUAUUUUUAUCCUUGGCAAGCCUUCUGCCUUCUCGUUUUUCUGUCUCUUAAGGACAGAAACUCUAAGAAGUGGAGAGGAUACUUUUAGCAUCUGUUUCAGUGGAUCCAUGCCAGGUUUUCCAUGCACACCGAGAACCAGAUCCGGGAACACCGCUUUCCUCCGAGUCAGGUUCUAGUGCCUUACACUCCAGAGUGUCACAUGGUGGGUGAGGACAGGAAGGACGGAGAAAAAGUACCUUCGGCAGAUGACUGGGAAUUGAAAGCUGCUGCAGCUCGUUUCAGCGAGAGGUCUCCAAGCAGCACAGCCAAUCCCCUCCUCUUUGGUCAACUCCUGGGAGGUAUGAAAACACCUCUGCAAGUACUGUCAAGUGCUGGAACUCAUUUGCAUUUGUCAGUGUGCAGCUCAGCCCAGCCUCUUCAGUCUCAGUGUAGCGUCAGCAUGUGGUCCUGAAGAUGUUCAAGGCACUUUAGUAACUGGGCUCGUCCCCUGAGCCCUGGUGAGAAGGGCACACACGGGGACCGAGCAUUUCUGCCCUCUGAGAAUGCCGGAUUAACAGUGCGCACUGUAUUUCUAUCAAGCCAGACUUCAAUUAUGAUUUCAUGUUACUAAGUUUAUAAAUGAAUAAACAGACAUUUGAACUACA